UUUAAUGUUGGUAUACCUACGAAUAGUAUUGGAAGGAAAACUGAGGAAAACAAAUAUGGCCGUGGUAUAACCGUGUGUAAUUGAUUGUAAUAAACGUAAUUCUUUAUAAAUAUUGAUUAAUAUUUAUUUGUUAUAACGCUAAUGGACACCAUGGAUGAAAUUGAUGAUAGAGUUGAAAUGGAACCAAGAAAGACAAGAUCAGGCAGAAAAACCCCUGCUGUUGAAACAAAGAAGACACCAAGAAAAUCUAGGAAAAAAGUCGAACUUGAAUUGUCAGAUGAUGAUAGUAAAAUGAUGACUAUUUCACCAAAGCCUAUUGCAGAUUCAUCUGAUAAUGCAGUUGAGGCAGAAGACAUUCAAGAUAAUGUUAAUCAAACAUUUGAAGAUUCAAAUAGUGCCACAAAUGAUUUCAAUUCAUUCCAGGCAACUGAGAGUUAUCUGAAUUCUGAAAAUGACUCAAAUAGUGGAUUAAACAUUGUACAGAAUGAAAAUGGGCAAGAAGAAAUAGAAGAUCUUAUGGCUUCAGACACAAAUGACAGUGAAAAAAUGCAAAGUAUAGAGAAAAUGGACACUGAUUCAGAAGAAUCAAAUAUGGUUAAUAUGUUGGAGGCAGACAUGCAAGAAUCAACAAUGACAGAUGUAAAUGAUCAAAGUUUAGAAAAAAGGGAAGACAUAAAGCAAAUUGUAGUUGACCCAGAUGCAGAAAAUAUUUCUGAAGAUGAACUACCUACUGUACAAGCUGUGAAAGUUCCAGAAACAGAGGAAGUUUCUGAUGAAGAGUUGCCUGGUCCAAAAAGAGCUGAACUUCCAGCAGAUACUGAAGUUGUUUCUGAAGAAGAAUUGGAGUCUGUGAAGAAAGAGAACAAUAAAAGAAAAAUACAAGAGGACAAUUAUGAUCCGGGUUCUCCAACUUCUGAGUGCGAGUCUGCGCCCAAAAAGCCAGCACUUGAAAGUUCGGAAGAGACAGAUGACAAAGAUAAAGCUAAAAAAUUACCUGAGCUGGAUAAGUAUUGGAAGGCUGUUAAUGACGAUCCUGCUGACUUCACUGGCUGGACAUACUUACUUCAAUAUGUUGACCAAGAGAAUGAUAUGGAAGCAGCGAGAGAAGCUUAUGAUGCGUUCCUUUCACAUUACCCAUACUGUUAUGGAUAUUGGAGGAAGUACGCGGAUUAUGAAAAGCGCAAAGGCAACAAGAAAAAAUGCGAGGAGGUAUUUGAGCGGGGCCUGAAAGCCAUCCCUUUGUCAGUGGAUCUUUGGAUUCAUUAUUUAACAUAUGUGCGAACUGCUAAAAUUGACGACGAAGACUUCGUCAGGGCACAGUUUGAGAGGUCUUUGAAGGCAUGCGGUUUAGAAUUUCGUUCCGAUCGUCUUUGGGAAAACUAUAUCAAGUGGGAAAUUGAAGGGAAACGUUUACAGUUCGCAACACUCGUUUAUGAAAGGCUUCUGGCGACACCAACGCAAGGUUAUCUACAGCAUUUCGACAACUUUCAAGAACACGUUGCAUCGAAUCCAGCCAAUAAGAUUUUAGAGGUGGAUGAGUUUCUUGCACUACGGAAGGAAGUUAAGAAUUUAUUAAAACAAGAUGCCGCCGACAUUGCUGAUAAUCCUGAUAUUCCUCCUGGCGAAGAUACCGAGGAGAAUACGGAUGAAGAAACAAAAGCAAUAAGGGAGAGAAUAGUUUCAAUCAGGAGAAAAAUCCACAAAAACACAUCAACUGCCGUUACUAACAGAUGGAACUUUGAAGAAGGAAUAAAAAGGCCCUAUUUCCAUGUAAAACCUUUGGAGAGGUGCCAAUUGAAAAAUUGGCAAGAGUAUUUGGAUUAUGAAAUAGCACAAGGGGAUGAAGCUCGGAUCAUAGUACUUUUCGAGAGGUGCCUUAUUGCUUGUGCGUUAUACGAGGAAUUUUGGUUGAGGUUUGUGCACUAUUUGCAAAGCCUAAAAAAAGAUGAGUUUCUUGGCAAAAUUAAAGAUAUUUUUGAAAGAGCUUGCACGAUUCAUCAUUUAAAGAAACCUAACAUUCAUAUGCAGUGGGCCAUGUUUGAAGAGUCAAUUAAAAAUUUCAACAAGGCUGCGGAAAUCCUACAGAACUUGGAUAAAACAGUGCCGAAUUUAUUGCAAGUUGCUUACCGUCGUAUCAAUUUGGAGAGAAGAAGGGGUGAUAAUGAUAAAUGUUGUCAAUUGUAUGAGCAUUACAUAAAUAAUUCUAAAAACAAAGUGAUUUCGACAAACCUAGCAAUCAAAUAUUCUAGAUUUAUACUGAAGAUUUUAUGUGACAUAGAAAAAUCCAUUGAGGUGAUUAAGAAUGCUAUCACUAAAGACGCCAACAAUCCUCGUCUGUAUUUGCAAUUAAUUGAUGUAACUAUACAUAAGGAAGGACUAUGCGAGGAAGAAAUUCUAAAAAUAAUCGAUUCCUUCCUGACAAAGGACUCGACGGACGUUGAUCAAAAAGUAAUGUUUGCUCAAAGGAAGUUUGAAUUUUUGGAAGAUUUCGGGUCGAAUAUAGAGUGUGUGCAGAAGGCUUACGAAGAGUAUCAGAAGCUGGCCACUAGAAGUAAAGAAAAUAAGAAGAAAGGAGAAAACAAGGAUGUUUCGAAGAAAGACAAGAAUGCAGCAUCUACAACAUCUUCAGCGUCAUACAACAACUACGGAAAUUAUUCGAAUUCAACCAACUCAUAUCAGUAUGGCAAUUCGCAGCAAGGAACAUAUGGACAAUAUCCUCAGUACAAUCAGGGCGAUCAAUAUCAGUACGGCAAUUGGCAAUAUCAAGGCAAUUACAGUGGUUACAGCCAGUGGGGAGGUUAUGGUAGCGGUUAUAGUUAUUAAAGUUAACUAUGUUUUAUUAUAUUACAUACAAUUUCUUUAUUUUGUAAAAAAAGAAACGCCGUAUUAUGUUGAUUAAUCCUUUCGUACAAAUUGUAUAUUGAAUUGGAUAAACAAUUUUUUCAUCUUUACGUUCGACAGAAUUUCUAAGAAACGAAAUUCUAAUUCUGUUAUAUAUAUAAUUCAAUAUCCUUCGAUAAUUCAUAAUAAAUAAUUUUAUAAAUAUUCUAAAUUUGCUACUACCAUUUUACCAGAAGUAUAUCGACAUGCGAAAAAGCACUUAGAAAUGCAAUAUUUGACUUUCAUGAACUUCUUGUGUAUUCGGUAAUGAGUUUGCGAUUUUAAAUUUGAUUUCUACAUUUACUAUCAUUUAAAAUUAUAAUAUAUAUAAUAUUACUA